AUGAGUGGAGAGAUUGUCUACGUGAUCCUUAUGAUCAUAGACUUCUUCCUUUUGCUUAUGGCUUUCAAGAAUCAUGUAGAGCCAAAGCCAGAAGAGAAUAAAGAAGAGGAAGAGAAGAAAGAAGAAAAUAAGGAAGAAAAUGCCAACGAAGAAGAGGAUGACGGAAUAGUUGUUACACGUGAUAUUGACUUACCAGUUGAAGAGGAAGCCGCCGAAAAGAAGGACGGAGAAGGAACAGAAGGUGCUAAUCCAGAAGAUAAGCAGGCCGCUGCUGCCAAUUCAGAAGAAGUUGAGAAGCUUAAGCAUGAAUUAGAUGAAGCUAAGUCCGCUAAUGAGAAGUUACAAGAGCAAAUCGACGAGCUUAACAGAAAGAUGGCAAUGAUGAACCAGUAUCUUUCCGAAGAGCAGAAGAACAGAAUUGAAGCAGAAGAAAAGGCUGAAGCAGAAUGUUUGGAGAGAGAACGCCUUGCAGCAAGCAAAGAUCGUGAAAUUAGUGAAUUAGAACAGCGCGCAGAAGCAGAAAAGAAGGCAUUAGCAGAGAAGUAUGAAGCAGAGAAGGCCGCAUGGACAAGCCAAGUUAAGGAAACAUCACAAACAAUUACAGAUCUUUCAUUUGGUAAGAUUCGUACUAUUAACCAUCUUGAUUUAGACCAGUUGAUCUCUGUCCACGGUAAAUCACGUCCAAUCGCUGUAUAUGUUCCAUGCAAAUCAUCAGAACUUACACAUAGUGGUGCAUUUAUCUAUGAUACUCACAAAUUACCUGAUAAUUCAUUGUAUCUCUUCGUUGGUAAGGACUGCCCACCAGCAUUAGAGGCUCAAGGCGAGAAAUUGUUACAAGCAUAUUCAGAUGAAUACCAAACAGUUUCGAUUGUCCAUGUUAAGCGCACAUUAGAAGGUCCAGAGUUCAACAAGAUGAUCAAGACCAUUGGUGGUCAUAUUGAUCAGAUUCAGUCCACUGAAAAAGCUGGAGAUGAACUUUUCUUCGAAAACAACUUCUUCAAGGUCAAAUUCCACGUUGUUUGCUUCGUUGAAGGAAAGACAUUGACACCAGCAGUUUCCAAAUCAAUUACAGUCGAUGUUCUCCCAGAGAAGGGAGCUGCAAUCAUCGAUUGCUCUGAUAAAUCUCUCUACCUUUACAUGUCAUCUGUCAUGCCAACAGAUCCUGUGGAGAAAGGUGACCAGGAAAACGCUAUCAAGUUCAUGACAUCUCAGCCAGAAUACAGCAACAGAGAUGUCACAAUCUUCAACCAUAACUGUAUCCCAGCAAACCUCAAAAUCCUUUUGGGUCUCGUUAACUAA